AUGCUAUUCCGUUGCAUACGACUUUUCGCCUGUGUGUUCUGUGUGAUUUACUGCACGCAGAUUUGUACGAGUCAAUAUUUAAAUUUUGAUAAUUUUGACACUGCAACCACAGCUUUACCAUUCCCAGCUUGCCGAUCCGAUAGCAUAGAAUGCCUUCGCCGUGGACUUCGGACGUUUUUCUUCCUCAUGGAUUCAGAAUACGUCGGAAUGAAGUCAGUUGAUCCCAUUAUAUUGAACAGCCUCACAGUCGCUCUACCAGCAGAGCAAUUGUCAUUCUUGAUGAGGCGCAUCAAUGUAACAGGUGCUAAGUGGACUAAACUCGCCGAAAGAAAAUUUAACUUGCCUGGUGGCAAAAACGGCAUUAGGUUUAUAAGUGACCUACAUGUGACCGGUGAGAUUACAAUGAUGACUGCUGCCAGAAUAGAUCCCUUCUUCGCCCAAAUAACGAUAGAUAUACAGGAUGUGGAGAGUAAUAUAACCUACGCAUGGGCAGGACAACGAGGUUACGACAACGAAGAUUACAUUUUGAUAGGACCUGAAAGGGUCGCCGUACGAAAUGCACGAACGCCUAGUUUCUUUUUGCAAUCAAAUUUAAGAGAUGAUACAAGUAUGAUAGAAAAUUUACUACUAGAGAAACCAGCACUCUUGGAUCAUAUAUCAAAUGAAAUAACAGUAUCUGUAAUGCAUGCUAUUGUUGACAACUUUAGACUGUUUGCAAGAAAUAUACCUGCUAAACAUUAUUACAAUUACCAAGAUGAU